GCUGAUGGAGGAUAAAAACUCUCCUCACAUCACAGCAUCACAGAGAUCCUGAAGCCCACAGCACAGACACCAGCACCUGUUUCAGCCUCACUGUGUGGAGCCCUCGCUACUCACCAUGGCAACGGAGAACACCUCACCCAAAUAUGAUGACAUCAUUUCUAAAAGUGUUCUGAUCCAAUCAGGAUCUCCUGCUCGCUACCAGCUGACACCAAAGAAAGAGAAUAUUGGAACUCUAACAAGAAUGACUCUUGGUGAAAAACAUGUGAACAAAAUAAACAAAACCAUCUUGCUUGUUGGUGAAACAGGAUCAGGAAAAUCUGCUCUGGUCAACGCUCUGGUCAACUACGCCAUGGGAGUGAAGUGGGAGGACGAUGUCUGGUUUCAGAUCGUAGAGGACGAGAAGAGAAGUCAGUCAGAAAGUCAGACAUCAGAUGUGAUCGUGUACCAGAUCUUUGGUUUUGAAGAUGAAACUCUGCCCUACUCUCUGACCAUCAUCGAUACUCCUGGAUAUGGAGAUACCAGAGAGACUGAACAAGAUGUAAGAGUCAGCCACAGAUUAUUAGACUGGUUCCGCUCAGAGGAUGGAGUUCAUGAGAUUAAUGCAGUGGGUCUGGUGCUGAAGGCAACUGAGAAUCGACUGAGUGACCGACAAAGGUACAUCUUUGAUUCAAUGGUGUCUCUGUUUGGAAAAGACAUGGAGAAGAACAUCGUUGCCCUCAUCACACACUCAGAUGGUCUGACACCUGAAAAUACCCUUAAAGCUUUAGAAGAUGCAAACAUUAAGUUUGCCAAAGAUGAGGAUAACCAGCCUGUUCACUUUAUGUUCAAUAACCACCAGACCACACAGAAAACAAAGAAAAAUGAAUCUGCUUUAAAAAGUGGAUGGGACGUAACAACGGAAGGAAUGAGUCAGUUCACAGACUUCCUGGGAAAAGCUGCACCUCAGAAGUUGAUAACAACUGUUAAAGUGUUGAAUUCACGCAUCAGACUGACAGCCUGCAUCCAAAACCUGCAGGAGAAAAUCACGUUCGCUGAACGUAAACAGAGAGAAAUCCAACAGACUCAGGAGCUUCUGAAGAAAUAUGAACAAGAGAUGAAGAACAAUGAGAAGUUCAGUGUAGAAGUUGAGGAGGUCUACAAAGAUAAAGAAACUAUCAAUGGUGGGAUGUGGGGGUUAUUUUAUCAAGGAGCUACCUCUGCUGUACUGUCUGUGAGGAGAACUGUCACUAUCCUGGAUGCACAGUGGCCCGGAGUCCAGAACUCUGUGAGGUCAUAAAAGAUGGCCGCUGCACUGUAUGUACCAGGAAGUGUCCUGCAUCAGAUCACGUGAAAGAAGACUGGAUCUAUGUGACCAAGACAAGGAAAGUUCAGAUGACCAAAGAAAAAAUAAAAAAGAAGUAUGAAAAGAAUAAAGCAGAGACUGGGAGGAAGGUAAGCCUUUUGGAAAGUCUUCAAAAAGAGAUGGAAGAACUUCAGAAAGAAAAGGAUCGGUUGUUGGAAAAGUCCUUCAAGCAUGUUGUCAGACUGGAGCAGAUCGCCUUGAAUGUUGACUCACUGUCCACUUAUGUCCACUUGGACUUCCUGAUUGAGAAGAUGAAGGAGAAAG